AUGGAUAACACCUCCUUUCUUACUUUACUGGUUUAUGUUGAUGACAUUAUCGUUAUUGGUAACUGUUCCUCUUCCAUUGCAUCACUUAAAUCCUUCCUACACAAACAAUUUCAAAUUAAAGAUCUUGUCUGCUUACGAUAUUUCCUCAAACUCGAAGUUGAUAGACCCUUGACAAGUAUUCAUCUAUGUCAAAGAAAGUAUGCUCUCGACAUCUUGGCUGAUUCAGGUACCUUGGCUAGCAAACCUCUCAAAUUGCCCCUUGAACAUAACUUCAAGCUCAACAAGACUUAUAGGGUUCCCUUACCAGAUCCCAGCUCCUAUCAUCAUCUCAUUGGUCGUAUUUUAUAUGUCACCAUCACUAGACCAGAUAUUUGUUAUCCCGUCCAAAUCCUUAGCCAGUAUAUGGACACUCCCACGACUACACAUCUCGCAACAGCUCACCGAAUCCUUUGUUACAUCAAGUCUGCACAUUUCCAGGGCAUUCUAUUGUCUUCUCCUUCACAGAUUCAACUCAGAGCCUUUUGUGACUCUGAUUGGGCCUUAUGUCCUGAUACUAGGCGGCCAGUCACGGGUUACUGCAUAUUUUUUGGCAACUCCCUUAUUUCUUGGAAAUCCAAGAAACAAUCUAUCAUAUCCCUCUCCUCAGCUGAGGCAGAAUACCGGUCUAUGGCUUCCACUUGCUCAGAACUAAACUGGCUUUGUUAUCUCCUUCAAGAUCUUCAUGUAUCUCAUCACAACUACUCAAGCUGCUUUGCACAUUGCUGCCAAUCUGGUUUUCCAUGA